AAUUUUAGUAAAAUAGUUUUAGAUUGGGUAGGAUAACACAUGAGGAUGAAACGAGAUAGGUUUCGAUUAAUUUCAUCAGAUUUCACUUAUGGAAAACAAUCCGUUCGAUUAGUGAUUUACGUUUGUAAACCUUCUCUUGUUAGUAAUCUUUAAAUUGAAAUAUUCACGAGCACAUCUUCUCAUAAUGGAACAUUGUAAUUUUCUAUGAAUCAUAUAAGAAAGAUUUUUAUACAGAUGAAAACAAUACAACUUGGAGUAUAAUUUUAAAAGCGACAAGGAUAGACUUCGUAUGAGCUUGCUAGUCGUGUACGCAAACCAUAUUUGUUUUUGGAAAGAAGCUUAUAUGAUUCAAACGGGACAAAAAUCGCCGAUAGUUUGAUACUUAAACGAUCGACUAUUUUAUGCGUGACCAUUAUAUCGCAAUAUACCCAUCGUUAUACCAAAAUUGUUAAUUUGGUGUCAGUAUACCUAGUCGAUAUUUAUGGGUACCGCAGCGUAUACUGACGGUACUAUAGAAAUAAACAGUAAACAAUCAUACUGAUUCACGUUGAUUAAUAUUAAACGUCUAUUUUAAUAUUUUUCUUACUUAAGUAAAUAAUUUUUUCUUUCGUAUUAUAGUUUCUAGGUACUAAAACAUAUAACACACAUUAUACAACAACUGGUAUUCCGGCUUAUACGACAACAACUAAAACGACGACAACAUCCACAACAUCAACUUCAGCGACAACAACAACAAUAAACAGAAUUUGUUCGUGUUUAGCUAAAACAUCAACGACUAGAACAACAGAAUAUAAUCCUGAUGCAGGUGUCAUUUAUCCAAAGGAUAUGGAACGUACAUGUUUACAACCAGUAACAAUUGCAACAGCACUUAUAAUUAUUGCUGUUAUUCCACUUCAUUUUUUUGGAAUGAUAACUCUCUUCGUAAAAAUGAAUUCUCAUUAUCAAAAUGAAAUUUUACGAGCUCGAACUGCACGUCGUAAAGUUUUACGACAAGCGCUCGACCUUAAAGAACAAGAAACAUUAAUCUAA